ACAAGCUUUAAUCAUCCAAGGAAAAAGAGAACAAAAAUAAAUAAAGAUGGCAAAAGUUUCACAGAUCGCUCUUUUCUCCUUGGCGAUCUGCCUUUCAUCCGUCCUCGACUCCGUCAGUGCCGCGCAGGUCAAGUUCAUCGUCGAAGGCAAGGUUUACUGCGACACUUGCCGUGUCGAAUUCGAGACCAGAAUCAGCGAACCACUCAAGGGCGCAUUAGUGAACUUGGAAUGCCGGAACCGUACCAACGGGACGGUAACCACGAUCACCAAAGAUGUCCUAACCGAUGACGCCGGAGCAUACAAGAUCGAGGUGGAAGGCGAUCACGCGGAAGAGAUCUGUGAAGUGAGUCUCGUCAAGAGUCCAAGGGAUGAUUGCCGUGAUCCUACCGAGGCAUGGAGGAAAUCCAGGGUGGUUAUGACGUCGAAAGACGGCAUCGAAGGCAUCCAACGGUUCGCCAACAAUCUCGGGUUCAAGAAGAGGGAGCCUCUCUCGGAAUGUACUGAAGUUCUUAAGGAGAUGGGAUAUUAUGAACUUCAAGGAGAAGAAGGCCAUUCCUAUAUCCCUUGAUCACUUCCACCAAACUUUUGCCAUUGUAAUAGAAAUGGGGUAAA